CAGUGAAGAUGGACGCGUCAGUGUCUCCGUGUCGUUGUUUCAAGACGAGCUCGCCUCCACCGUCGAGCUCGCAGUGAAAGCGGCUCUAGACAGCGUCGUGUGCGCGAUUACUGAAGCUGUCCGCAGCAAAUUCACUGAAUUACAAGAGGAAAUGUCUGGAAUGAAGAGAGAGAAUGAAAGUCUGAAGCUGAGAUUGGAAAUAUCAGAGAGCGAGCUGAAAGCCGUGCGAGGGUGUAUAAACGCUGCACAUGCAGACAUUAAACAGCCUUUCAUAUUUCAAGAUCCCAUAGAGAGCCACGCUAUCCCUGAAUCUGAAGCACAGGAAGGGCCAAAGAUAGAAGCAGUUUACACACAAGAGGAGUCCUUUGAGCAGGAGUGGUGUGCAAGUCUAAUACAGGUUACAGAGCUGCCAUGUGUUAAAGAUGAAGACGUCCCUAAAAAGGAAUGUGUUCCUAUUAAAGAGGAAUUCAUAGAACAGGAAUGUGUCUCCAUCGCAGAGGAACUUCCUACUGAAAAAAAUUUCUGUACACUUGAGGAGAACACCAAGCUGGGAUCCAACCUGUGUGAUGAUUCUCCAUCUGAAUGUGAUCUGGGAUUUGGAGCUUCUAAAGUAGAUGAAGGAGAACACGACUCCACUCCAUCACCCCAGUGCAAAAACUCUUCUAGAGGCAAACCACAGUGCAAGAAACACAGAGAAACGACACCCCAAGAAGAGUAUGUGAAGACAUUGAGAACUCACUCAGUUAAAAUCCCUUCUUUACAAGUCAGACACCCACUUACUGUGGAGAGUACAGAGACGCCACAUUCUGUAUGUUUUAACAUUUCUGAAACCCAGGGCAACUUGAAGACCUUGCCUCAUUCUAUAAAAGGUGGGAAGAGUUCCUGUCAAUUAGACGCUCCUGAAACUCACAAGGGAAAUCCCACAGGAGGGACUACAUUUUCCUGGGCUGAUUGUAGGAAGAGUUUCAAUCAUAUAUCACUGCUUAAAAGACACCAGCGCAUUCAUACAGGAGAGAAACCUUCCCACAUACAGUCCAGUGAUAAGAGUUUCACACAGUUAGGAAAUCUUAAUUCACACCAGCGCAUUCACACAGGAGAGAAACCUCAUCACUGUGAUGUUUGUGGGAAGAGAUUCAGCCAGUUAGGAGACCUUAAAAGACACCAUCAAAUUCACACAGGAGAGAAACCUCAUCACUGUGAUGUUUGUGGGAAGAGAUUCAGCCAUUUAAGAGACCUUAAAAGACACCAUCAAAUUCACACAGGAGAGAAACCUUAUCACUGUGCUGUUUGUGGGAAGAGAUUCAGCCUGUUUGGAAACCUUAAAAGACACCAUAAAAUUCACGCAGGUGUGUAAUCCUAUCCCUGCACUUAGUGUGAAGAAGUUAAGUCAGUUGCAGGCUCUUGCAGGACGCGAGAACAUUCUCAGAAUUGCAGAUGCUUGGGGACACCUAAACAACAGGAGUGCAUUUGACUAAAUACAGAAAUAUUUACUGAAAACAAAAGAAUAAACCUGCUUGAUAAACAGGGUCACCCCUAAUCACAAUCUGUUCAGUUCAAAAGCUCACUGAUUCAAAUAUGAAUGAGUACGUCUUGUAUUCAUCGUCUUGUUGAGCAUUCGGAUUGUGUUACGUGACAUUAGUAAUAUAUUAAAUAGAUUGUUAUUAUGAAUGCACGUUUCUCUUUCCUUUCUCAUGCGUUGCUCAGCCUCUUGCAGUGGGUUCUGUUGAAGCUUCCUCGAUACCACGGUGAAUCUGCGGUACCUCAAGACACAGCACAGUGUACUGCAGUUAUCAUGCGGGCAGCUUGCAGUGUAAAGCAGUACUGUUUCCAGCAGGGGGCACCAGAGAGCUUUUAGGAAUGUAAUGGGCUGCAUACCAUUGCUUCUGAACGAGAUGAUUUCUGCUCAGGAUGUGUUUAAUACUGCCCUCUCUCUCUCUUGGGUACUCUAUUAACAAACGCAGGUUCUGUGUUUUUGAUAUAAAUUUGUUGAUUGACAUCGAGACUACUAAAGCAAAUAAAAUCUAUAUUAAAAAUGCUUUGCUGUCUGUAUUAAAUGCUGUUUUAAAUGUUGUUCAGUGUCUUGUCAAUCAAGGAUUUCAUUUUAAAACUCCAGUAAUAAAUACCGUAGAUGUCCUUGUUUCUGCAUUUCUUAUAUAUACCAUGACUGGAGCAGCUUUUUAAUCUGCUGUCUGCUCAUACAAGCGAUCCAUGUGCAAUCAGGCAUAUAUUUUGUCAUUAAGUAUUCUAUAGCUCUGUGGUUUAUACAAAUAGUUUUUACAUGUUUAACUUGAUGUUGCUUUGAAGCCCAUUUCAGUUCUACGCUUUCCUGUAAAAUGUU